UUAGGCCCGAGCCCCCCCGGGCUCCCAGGCCACGGGCGCGCAGGGUGGGAGUGGGAUGAGGGUUUGUUUUCCAGGGGGGAUUUCCUAAGGCCCAGAGAGAAAACCACUGCUGUCCUGGCACGCGUUUCUCCUACGGCGUAGUGCGUAUCAAGCUCAUGAAUUGAGCAAGUUCUGCUUCUUCCUGGAGGGGCUUAGAAGUCAUUUAAAUUCCUACUACACCUGCAGACUUUUAGUCUGGCUUCUCCUGUUCCAGGAAUGGAAUUUAAAUUAUGUUAGCAACAGAAGGUUGUAGCUGGUACAGCAGCUACUGCUUGUGUAACACGGCUUCCAGCACUUGCUUUGCUGGCUGAUGCUGAUGGCAGAUAGGCAGUUCAUUUGGAAGCUUGACUACUAAUUAAGUUUAGAUAGGAUUUCCUUUCUUUUAGACUGCCUUCCUUCUGGACAGGGUUGCAUCUGUUGUAAAAUAUGUAUGUGCAUAUAUAUAUGUAUAUAUAUAUAUAUAUAUAUAUAUAUAUAUAUAUGUUCUGGUACUGGAUUAUCUGCCCACCAUAUGGGAGUCUUUCCCUGAAUCUCAGCUACUUGCCCAGCCUUUUGAUCAAAGUAUCUGGAAAAGCAGAUAUUGGUAUCUUUCACGUGUCAGACACCAUUCAGUGUCUCAGGUUUAGUGUUCGUGCCUCAGCAGAAAUGUUACAUUUAGAAAGUAAGAGGGUUUUUCAAAUGCUGCUGUGUCGAGUGACCUUGCUGCUGUCAGCAUCUUAUUACAUUCUUUUUACUGAGCAUUAUUUUGAUUCAGAGUUUUAUCUUCAGUGAUGAUAGAGAGUUAACCGUUUUGACUUAGCUCUGCAGUCUCUGGCAUUGUGUAAUUUAUGCAAUGUGCAAUUUGCUACACUUCCAGAAAGUAAUCUCCUUUCUUCCCGUGGUCAGUUGAAUCUGGCUUUUGUACAAGGAAAUCUGUGUUGUUAGCAGGUAAAUUCAGCAGGCUGGGUUACAGCACCCUGUAAAUACAAGGUUAAAUUUUUAUUUCCCAAAAGAGUUCAGAGUAAUUUUUCUUGCUCAUAAACCCAGCACUUGAGGGGAUGUUGAAUUCAGGGGAAAAGGGAGGGUGCAUCUCCUCAGGCCACUGUAAAUAUCCACCUUGGUACUGUAAUAAAAAUGUGUUGCAGGCAAUAAUCACCUGUGAUAAAUUACAUUUGUAGUGUGUAAAAAUUUAUGUGUAAAAAAAAGCUGUUCAAGGAUGUUCGCAAGCACUGGUGAGAAGAGCUGGAGACGCGUUUUGCUUGAUGAGAUCAGAAUUUUUUUAGAGCAUGACAUGGCUAAUAAAGAUUCAGAAUAGCUGGAAAAGGCACCCUCCUCUUUAAAAAGUCCCAUCAUUUCUGUAUUUGGGGGUUACCAAGGCUGCCUUCAGCUCCAGCACUCCAAAGCAGGUCUUGAAGAGUUCUUACAUCUACACAUGAAUGUAGAGCUGCACUAUAAGGUGGAAUAAAGGUCUUUAGCUCAACAUUUUCACAGUGGGCAGCUUGAGUUCCAUGUCCUGUUGUGCCUUUUCUUUAGAGCUUAGUCACAGCACCACAAGAAAACUUACUUGUGGGAAUCUUAAAAGGUGAGUUUACAUUUUCCUCACCCUUCUGUUCUGCAGGUGCCCCCAAAGCAAUCACUGCAGUGCUAGGUGGUGGCACACAUGCCCUCGAAGAGGAUAAGAAAUCUGGUUCAGUGUGCAGGGAAUGAAGCAGUGGGUGAUGUGUACCAAGUUCAGAUUCCUCUUCAGCCUUAGAGGAACUAUCAGUACAGGCUUGUACAGUCCCCUUAAAGAUCCUUCAUAGGUUUUUCCCCCUGAUAUUCCUUUCAAACACUGAAACAACCAAUGACUAUUACAAAAACUUUGGGGAGGGAACAAAGGUGUUCUUUUAAGUGUCUGACCAAAAAGAUUUUUUGCUGAGAAGAAAUCAGACGGCUUGCAUGGCUCAGCAAAGAUUGCAGCAGCAUUGGAGUGUCUGUGGUGGAGACAUCAGCACAGGGCACAUGACAGCCAGCAGCCAUUUGAUUAGUGACAACCUGUGCUAGACACAAAAUUGCAGCAGAAGAUAAAUGGCAUUUACAGCCCUAUGACUAAUGUGCUGAGCUGUCCCUAUGGGUAUGAAUAUUUCAGAGAUCACCCAUGUUGGAAUUGAACAGUGGUUUGAAAGGAACACUGACGUCUGAAAUUCACUCUUACACCUACUAUUGGCUGUUGGAUGAACAGCCCUCCCCCCCUGCAAGCUCAAAUCCAAAGAUCAGCUGAGGACAUUAUCCUUACAGCACCCCUCUCUUGAGAUGCUCAUUUCCACUUCCUCUGCACGUGAAUAAAUAGUUUGAAGGUAUCACAUUCCUCUCUGUUUAGUCUGCUCCGUGUGAUAAAUGCCAAUUAGUAGCAACAGCUAAGAAUUACAACUUCUGUCCCUACCAGGGAAUAGCUGGAAUUAGGCAAGAGAAAGUGACGAUGGAAACAAUAACAGUGUUAAAUGCUGUUCACCCUUGCAGAGCUCUCUGUAGUUCCAGCUCUGCUGGCAUGAAGUGUUGCUGAGGAAGAGUGUGUGUUGCUUCACCUGUGAAGGGCAAACAAAGCUGUGAGGCAGAGGUGAUAUUCCCUGUUUCUCCUCCUGUGGAAAAAUAGAUCUGGAAGGUUAUGAUAGCAACACCCUCAUUUCUCAGAGCUUAGUUCGUAAUAGGGCACUAUUUAUGGGCUAAGUAACAGAUUGGGGCCACAUUUGCAUAAGAAAGACCGAUGCUGCUGUAAAUUACAUCUUGCUCUCUGCAAUACCAUAAUUACACACUUUAUGGUCUGUAAACAUCAUGUUUAAAGACAACUGAGUCCAAGCACAUGCUCACCUAUGUGUAUCUUCACCUUACCCAUGGAAGCAAAGCCUGUAACUGGUUGAGGGCACUGUGUAGCAACAGUUGGAGUAAUUUUUAGACUUAGUACAACAGCAUGGAAACUGGACUGCUGUUCUUUUGCCAAAUUCCACAGUAACCCUUAUUGCUUUUAACAAAUACACCUUUGACCCAUUCAGUUGCACUGGCAGUAGCUAGUUUGUGCUCUAACCAUGAGUUAGUGAAUUAUAAAAACUACUUAUCUUUAGGGUGUUGGUGGCUUUUCUAUUCUCAGGUACAACGAUGAAAAAACUUACCUGCAGAGAUGUAUUCCACGUGCUUAACUGAGUAACAGCGUGCACAUACACACGGGGAACACUGCCAGCACUAACAGUGACAUGGCACUGGCUUCACAUGACUUGUCUGGGAGGGGACAGGCAGCUCCUGCUUGGAAACACCCCUGUUGCCCUGGCCUAAACCCUCAUAAAGUUUCAACAGCAGUAGUGAAAAGUGAGGAGUUGAACUCUGGGCUCUGAAUAGACACAAAGGACCUCUCUUAAGCUACCAUCAGCAGGAGUCCAUUGUCAGCUUUUCUAGGAACGGGGGUUCCCCUGAAACCGUGCAGUGCUUGGUAGGACAUCAAACACCACGUCUGGUCCUGUGUCUGUUCACAUGGAGAGUGGCUGAUAUGCAGCUGUUCAGGUGACCAGUUUUUUCCACCUUUCUGAAACGCUGCAAGAAGAGUACUCCCAAGAGGCUUCCCUCUGUCAUCAAGAUGGAAACAGAUUCUGGAUAUUCCUCCACUGCUGAGCUGCAGAAGCAGGGAAAGAAGCUCUCAGAUGCCUUGAGGAUCAGUGCCUACGUCUUCAGUACAGGCCUGCUCAUGUUCACUGCCUUGGUGAACUCUUGCUCUUGGUUUAUGCAGAAUAUAAAUUUAGGCAAUUUCUGGCAAACAGUAUGGUUGGAUUUCUACGACUAUAUGGAGGGAGAUGAGUGGACAAUCUUCCUCAUUGGGGCUGCAUUGGUGCCUGCACUUGCUUUCUGGGGCUUCAAUGGAAUCCUUCUGGUGGCUGAUAUAACAGGAAAGCCAACUUUUAUUACUCGCUAUCGCAUUCAGCUGGGCAAGAAUGAUCCUGUGGACACAAAGAAACUGUGCAAAGCCAUCUACACAGUGCUGGGUAAUCAGUUCUUUAUCUCCUUUCCCAUGCUUGUGCCCAUGUUCUACAUCAUGAAAUGGUGGGACAACACCUUCAGCAAGGAGUUACCAACCUUCCAGUGGUUUCUUGUGGAGCUAAGCAUUUUUACUGUAGUAGAGGAAAUUCUCUUCUAUUAUACACACAGGCUUGGUCACCACCCAGUGCUGUACAAGCACAUUCACAAGAAGCACCAUGAGUGGACAGCCCCCAUCGGUUUGGUCUCCAUUUAUGCUCACCCAGUAGAACACAUAGUCUCCAACACUCUGCCCGUCAUGACUGGCCCGAUGAUCAUGGGAUCCCAUAUUGUUUCAGUUGCAGCAUGGUUCUCCAUUGCUCUUGUAACAACAAGCAUUUCUCACUGUGGCUACCACCUGCCCCUCCUGCCAUCUCCAGAGUUCCACGACUUCCACCACCUCAAGUUCAACCAGUGCUACGGAGUACUGGGAGUGUUGGAUUUUCUGCAUGGCACAGACAAAAUGUUCAGACAAACCAAAGCCUUUGAGAGACACAAGAUCCUACUCGGCCUCACGCCGCUCUCUGAAAGCAUCCCUGAGCCACCCAAGAAAGCUGAGUGAACCAGCCCAGCACCUCUUGCCCAGCCUGGUGAUGAGCAUACAGAGACAAUGAUUUAUGCCAAAUAGUAUUUUAAUCAGGAAACAAGUUCUUGUGCACACAUAAAACAUAAAACUGAAGUUAAAUAUGCUGCUUGAAACGACUGCACUUUUGCUGCCACUGUUUUCUGUCUAAGACACUCACAAAAAAGCUGCUCUAGCAGUCUA